CGUAUUGACCUAACCUCCUGUCCCACUCAACUCAUCUUUUCCCCCAAUUUCCCAUCUUUCCUCGACGACAUAGCCAAAUCCAGACGAGACUAUCAUCGAUUCACCACCAUCGUCACCCCAUCACAGCCGUCGCGACCACAACUCAGUCCUCCCUCUCAAAUCUUGAUCGUCGAUUCACAGUCGAUUCUCAGACUCCCUCUCGAAUCUCGAUAGCUGAGCUUCCUCCUUCAGCUCAUGUGAAGUCGACUCCGACCACCACCACCAGCUUCUUCUCUAAACUCCGACACCACCUAACGGUUCUUGUCGAAGCCAAAUCUUCAAUCAAAAGGAUAUGGAUACAUCAAAUCCGGCAGUUUUUGUCAAUGCAGAGUUGUUGCGACUGUAUGUUGGAAGGCGGGCUCGGGCACUGAUUCAGGUGGUGCGAACUGAGGGUGGAACUGUCAUUGGAAAAUCUACUGAUGGAAAGGAGCUAGUUGUGAAGGGCAACCCGCCGGUUCCUCUUACAAAAUUUGUUGAGGUCAUAGGCAUUGCUGACAGUGAUAAGUCCAUCCAUGCUGAGAUAUGGAACAACUUUGGAGAGACAAUUGACACAUCUUCUUACAAUCAGCUCUGUCAGCUUGCAAAUGGAGAAUAUAAACAGUUGUUCAUCUGAGUUGCAACAAGAUUGCGUUGUAAGCGGGAAAGGGCUUCCUUUUAAUGUAGUUGGUCACGUAGUUUUAGUACUAUCUAUGGCAGUUUGUCGAAUUUUAUGGCAGUGAAGUGAUUAAGAUCUUGGCUAUUCGACAUUUGCAGAAGUCUCAAAUAUUCAAACCUUUUUUAAUGUACCUGCAAUCUAUUUUGCUAAACCUUCAAAGUUCAUGCGACUCAUUAUCCGCGAGAUUGCUGUGUUUGAGUUUUUUAUUUCA